CUCACUCACUCACUCACUCACUUGCCCACGCCCUCCUAAAAAACUCAAACUCUCCAGCCAACCAGCCAAACCAGCGACCACGAUCCAUCGCCACCAUGCCCGCGAUCCGCUCGCACGCGUCGCGGACCAAGAAGCCGCCCGCCGGCUUCGACGACAUCCGGGACGACCUCGAGAUCUUCAACAUCAAGAUGAAGGACGCGCAGAACACGCCCACGAACGGCGUGCCCAAGCACCAGGCCCAGUGGCCCAUCUUCCAGAUCUCCCACCAGCGCAGCCGCUACGUGUACGAGCUGUACUACGAGAAGGAGGCCAUCUCCAGGCAGCUCUACGACUGGCUGCUCAAGAACGGGUACGCGGAUGCCAUGCUCAUCGCCAAGUGGAAGAAGCAGGGGUAUGAAAAGUUAUGUUGCCUUCGCUGUAUCCAGACCAAGGAGACCAAUUUCCAGUCCACGUGCGUGUGCCGAGUCCCCAAAACGCAGCUGAAGGAUGAACAGGACGUACAAUGUGUUGGCUGCGGCUGCAGGGGUUGCGCUUCCAGCGACUAGAUCACAAUCACUUACUUCUUGUUCUCUCUGGUGGUUGGGUUUCAUCUCACCGUGGCGUUAGGGGUUUGUUGGCAUUGCGGUUAAUCGGGUUAAUUCUACAAGUUUUUCUAGCAUACCUGUUCGGAGUAUGGCGAUUCGUUGUCACAUUGGGCUGCACGAUAUCAGGGAACUUCUCUGGGACAUUACAGG